AUGUUUGAUGCUUUGUACACUCCAAUUGUUACUGAAAUUCCGGCUGUAGUUGUCUCCGUCGAGUACCGUCUUGGUCCGGAGCACCGACUUCCUGCAGCUUAUGAAGAUUGCUUCGAAGCUUGCAUUGGAUCAUCAAAAACUCCAACGACGAGGUGGUCAAAACAUGCUGACUUUUCUAAGGCUUUCUUGAUGGGCAGUAGCUGGUUGGGUAACAUUGUUUAUCAUAUCAAAGGGUUGAUAAUGCAUCAACCAUUCUUUGGUGGGAUCGAGAGGACUGAGUCAGAGUUGAGGCUCGCCAACGACAGGUUUGUACCGCUGUCGUUAACUGAUCUGAUGUGGGAUCUGAGCUUGCCAAUCGGCGUUGACCGCGAUCAUGAGUAUUGCAAUCCAAUGGCGAAGAUUAAGCCAGACCAAUUUGAUCAGGUCAAAUCUCUGGGGUGGAAGAUUUUGGUCACUGGCUUUGAUGGUGAUCUGAUGAUAGAUCGGCAGAUUGAGCUUUGGAAGAAAUUAGAAGAGAAAGGUGUAUCGGUGACAGGCAAGUUUGAUGAGGGAGGAGCUCAUGCGUAUGAGCUUGGAGAUCCCACAAAGGCUAAAGAACUAGCCAUUGUUAUUAAAGACCUUGUUGAAUCUACCACCACUUCUUGA